UCUACCUUCAACAGCAGCGCCGUGAAUAGGCAAGUGUCAUUGGCGGCAUCCACGGACGGUCCCGCCGCCCAGCCCGUAGUAGGGCGUUCUACUAUUCUUCUCUCUGUUCAUACUUCGCCCUUCCAGACGAAGGGCAGGCGCCGCGACCUCCACCCAGAGAACUCAGAAGGUGCCAUUUACUAACAUUAUAAUAUUGAUAGGGCGCUGAUUGUCUUGAGGCUACGAGCGGGUCGCCAUCUUCGCCCUGAGGGGGAAAAAAAUCUCUAGGGCCUCCAAAGCGUGCCAGAUUCGGUGAGCCAUUUCCUCGAACGGUUAUAAUGAAGGGCAAGACAGUGGCUCUGACCUUCACCGAGCGCAUUCGGAAUAUCUUGGCUGCCAACUGGCAAGCCCAGCUCAAUACUAUCAAAGUUGAUGCCAAAGGGAGCAAGGAUGACAUUUACUCAUCCAAGAUUCACUACAUGUUUAAGAAGGGCAGGCCAUAUAUCUGGAUUCAAGAAGGGGACUUGCACAACAUGAAUAUUAUCAUUGAUGAGCGCGCUUCUCUUUCAGUGAGUAGCAUCCUUCCAGGUCCACUUCAGGGCUUGUUGCAAUCUAUAAGAAAGUUGCCAGCUCGGGUUGCUUUGGCAGGUGAUAUCCGACCUCUUAAAGAUGAUAAGGCCCAGAUUGUUACAGAAAAUCUAGCAGAAUCUGUAAUGUCAGAACAUGAGACAGUUAGCCAGGCCAGUUACAGCGUAUCUGCCAUACUAAGUUCUGCCAGUACAAGUUGCAGAUCAAGGUUCGAAAACCUUCAGGAGAUACUAAAUGAGAGUAGCAGCUACAAUGUUUUUAAGUUUAAUAUACGAUCAUGCACUUAUAUUGAUGGCAGUGGGGGCACCCAUGAUGUGGAACCAGAGGAUGUUGAAGCACCUAAAGCAGAAAUGUUAUUGCCAUUUUCUGAAAAGAUAAUUGAUGGGAUCAAUCAAAGUCCGGCAAGACGUCGAGCAUUGAUGUUUUUCUGUUUUGAAUAUUAUAAUGCAACUGCAAGAGAUGCCCUAAUGCUGUCCAUCGACCGGAAUGGAUUCGAUGUCCUUGCUAAGGUCCCAGAAACAAUUACCAGCAGCGGCCUCAGUCAGCAGUAUGGAUGGAAAGAGUUCAGGUUCACAUUCAAAGAAGAAGCACGCGAUAUUGAAGCUUUUUGCCGGAUGCUGGUGGAAUUGGAAGAGGAUGCGCUUCAGAGUGUCAAGAGCUAUAGCGGGCUAGGUUGAACCAUGAAGUCUGCAAUCAUGAUCAAGGCAGUGAUCUGUGACAUCCGAUCAACAUCUGAGUUCCCUUCCAGCAGAAAUUUUUCUUUGACUGGCCUCACAGCAAUGGAAGCUUUCUUGACAAAAUUGUUGUUCCUUGAUCUGCGGUCGAUGCUAUUAGGAUUCCAAUUUUCCAUCAACUUGUAGGUCUAUAAUUAUUAGAAAAUGUUUUGCAACCGAAAGAAUAACUGGAGAAAUUACAAUAGUAAAUGUAUGAGACUACAGCUGCAUUUUUAUGAAUGUGAUGUUAAGAUGGUCCUCUCUACUUCCCACUCUA